UCAUAACAGGUUUUAAGCUUUUAGAAGAAAAAUUUUGCUUUCUUCAACCUUAUCCAUGACUCCUCUCCCAAAAACACUCCACUACCACCACCCCUCCUUCAAUCACCGCCAUUCUCCAUUCCCUCUACCUUCCUCAACCUUCUCCAUCCGCCCUCUACCUCCUCGCCACUUCUCCUCUCCCCCAUUCUUAUCAUCAUCAUCAUCAUCAUCAUCAUCCAUCAAAGCCUCAUCCUCCUCAUCCUCAUCCUCCCCCUCACCAAAACCCCAAAACCCUUUUUCCCAAUUACUCAAACUCCUAAACCCCUUUUACUCACCUCUCUUCGAACCCGCUUACGUCGCAGUAGCACUUCUCGCAUUCUUCUUGUUUCGCUUUCAACAAAAUCCUGCCACCGUAACAUCACCACUCCCACCUCCUCCAGCCCAAUCUUCCACCACCACCGCCGCAUCACCACUUCCACCUCCUCCUGAAGAAUCUUCCACUGCCACCACCACAACCACAACUGACGAGAAUUCAUCCGAAAAUAAUUAUCUAAUCGAUGACAUCCUGAUUGAAACUUGCAGCGAUGUGAACGCUCUCCGCUCACUCGCGGAGGAGAAAGUGAAGGCGAAAAAACUAAGCGAAGCGAUUCGUGCUGUGGACCGUAUAAUUGAACUCGAACCAGAGGAAUUUGAUUUACAUUUACUGAAAGCACAUUUGCAUUGUUACAAUGGGGAACAUGAACUGGCUAAGAACGGGUUUGAACUUACUUUGAAUCGAGAUCCGUUUAAUUCUGAGGCUUAUCGCGGUCUUCUGAUGGCGAAUAUGGAAUUGAAGGAGCCGUUGGAGGGUUUUUUGAAUAGGGUUGAUGAAGUAGUGAAGUUUUUCGAGGAGAAAAAGAUGGAGGCGGAGGCGAGGGAUUUUAAGCUUUUGAUUGCACAGGUGAAGGUAAUGCAAGAGGAUUAUUCGGGUGCGUUGAAGGUGUAUGAGGAAAUUGUGAAGGAAGAACCUAGUGACUUUAGACCUUAUUUGUGUCAGGGUGUUGUGUAUACUCUGCUUAGGAAGAAUGAUGAAGCUGCGAAACAGUUUGAGGAGUAUAGGAAACUUGUUCCGGAGAAUCAUCCUUAUAAAAAGUUAUUUGAGGAUAACACUCAGAUUUUGUCGAAGAAGAUUGAGAAGGGAGGAAUAGAAGCAAAGAUUUGAGAAUGGCGAUCAUUUGCCGUUUCUAUAGAGAGGAGUGUCCAUUGAAGUGCAAAAUUCCUGUUUCGAUCUUCUAUGGAACUCCAUAGGGUUUAAUUUCUGGUCAACCAAAUUACAAACUAAGGAUUUGAUCAAAAACAAAAGUUUAAACAGAGGAGGCAAUCAGGAAGGUAAUGUUCAAGUACUUGAAUGAUGAUGGCAUAUCUCAUGCUAUUUUAUUUUUCUGGCUAAGUGUUAAACUAUUUUAUGGUUGUUAAAAUUUCAUUGAAGGCUGUCCACCUUCUUAUUCAAUUUAGGGUGUGUUUGGAAGAUCUUGUUUGGGCUUUUUUUAUGAGAUACUCACCACUUCUCCUCUUCCCCCUUAUUAUUUUCAUCCAUCAACGCCUCAUUAUUCAUUAUCCUCAUCCUCCCCCUCAUAAAAAAAUAACACGAUCAUUUCCAUAAACCACAAAACCCUUUUUUCACCUCUCUUCAAACUGCAUAUGUCGCAGUAGCAGUUAUCGCAUUCUUCUUGUUUCGCAUUCAACAAAAUCCUGCCACCGCCACAUCAACACUUCCACCUCUUCCAGCGGAAACUUCCACUGCCACCACCUAUGAAGUACAAACUAUGACACGGACACUCCGACACUGAUAAUGUUAAAUAUAUAGGACACCGACACUCCUAAAUAUAAGAUAACAUUUGAGCUUCAUUUAUUCAUAUAUUAUUAAAAUUGUUAAAAAUAUUCUAAUCAAAAUUAAUGUCUUUAAUUUUUUACUUAUAAGAUUAUUUUAAUACAUGUUUAACCCUUUUUUAUGUGCGUGAGAUUUGUCCAAAAAAAUAUAAAUGUGUGUUAGUAAAGAAAAAACAAAUUUUCGCUUGAAAUACUUGUCUGAGUUGUUUGACAUAUGUGGUAUGAGUGUCAUACGAAUGUCGGUCACUAAUUAAAAAAGUGUCGAAGCAAAGAAAAAAAAUUAAUUUUUAGGGGACACUUGUCUGACUUUUCUGACACUUGUUUGACUUUUUUGACACGUGUCAUACGGGUGUCAUACAAGUGUCAGACACUGACGUGUGUCGGACACGCCUAAUCCUAGAGGUGUAUGUGCUUCAUAGGCCACCACCACCUCCACAACGGCAGUCACUUUAUCCACUAAAGAAAACGAUAUUCCAAUGAUGAAAUCCUGAUCGAAACUUCCAACGCAGACACACUUAGGUCACUCUCAAAGGAAAAAGUGAGAGCACAAAAACUUAGCGAAGCAAUCUGCGUUGUGGACUGUUUAAUUGAACGGGAAGAACUGAGUGAUUUUAGACCUUAUUUGUGUCAGGGUGUUGUUUAUACUCUUAGAAAGAAUGAUGAAGCAGAGAAACACUUUGAGGAGUAUAGAAAACUUGUUCCAGAGAAUCAUCCUUAUAAAGAGUAUUUUGAGCAUAACACUAAGAUUUUGUCGAACAAGCUUGAGAAGGGAGGGAUAGAAGCAAAAACUUGAUAAUCUCAAUCAAGUUCUGUUUCUUUAGAGAGGUUUUGAUACUCAUCUUGUUUUGUUUUCUUGUUAAAGUUAUGUUACUAUGCAUUGCUUUACUUUUUUCUAAUGAUCUGGGUUGUAAUUCAGGCGAAUGGCAGUACUAUUUAGCUGAUUAUCUUGCUUAUGGUGAGAGUUUUAAAUUACAUGGUUUUUUGGUGCAUAUAUGGAAAGUGAUGUUUUUAGAACAGAGUUUUUAUGUUGUAACAUAGAAUUGGUUCAUUAGCGUAAUUUCAGGGCAUCAUGUAAUGCCAGAUACAUUUCCUUCUAUAUGAUGGAUCUUCUUCCUAUCUUCUGAGAAGUAUUCAAGUGUGAAUACAUUGCAUCGGCAUCAAUAGUGAUAUUGAUAUAGGAUAACCAUAAUGUUCUUCACGGGAAAAUUUACUUUUACUAAGAAUGUAGAGUGUAAAAAUUGUUAAUCCUAUGAAAAUUGAAUUCUAUAUUCAGUAUAUUUUGGUACACUUCUGGUAGUCUUGUAGAAGAGUGACAUACUGGAAAAUUCAUGGAGAGUGGCUGGAUUGACAUUGAAAAUAGAAUUUCUUUUGCAACAUUUUCUCUAGUCAUGUGUUGCUAGAGAAAUUUUAUUAGAAUUCCAUUUGGCAUUCGAUUAUGCUAAUUCAUGUAUGGCACAAGUAGUACAAGUUUGGGUCACUUAACCAGCUGGUUCAACUUCAAGGUCUGAUACAUGGCUAAUGUGUGUGAAUCUCACUUUUUCCGAUUUAUUUUUGAAAGUAUAUUUCCGAACUUUUUUUUUACAAGAUGGGGUGUGAUUCAGUUAAGCAUGAAUUUAGUGUAUUUGAGACGCUUUUGAAAAUACAAUUUUUUGAUUCAGAGGAACAUUUUCAGAUUUCUAUAGUGUGUUUCUCCAUCACUCACUUAAGGUGGGAGAAGCAAUUCCCUAUGGUUUAUGAUAUCUAAAUAAGUUGGUUUUAGCUUAUUGUCAUAAGCUCUCUAAGAUAACUUAUAAUAACAACUUUUGUGGUUGAAUCAACUUAUAUAUAAGCUUUUAUAGAAUAAAAAGCUUAUUUGUGUCGGGGUGUUGUUUAUGCCCUGCUUUAAAAGUAUGAUGAAGCUGAAAAGCCGUUUGAGGAGUAUAGAAAACCUGUUCCAAUCCUUAUAAAAAGGAUUUUGAAGAUAACACCAUU